AUGCCGAAACGAACUAACGAGCCGACGUUUGAUCAAGAACAUGGGUGGCUGUACAAGAAACAAAAAAGCGACGAUGUUGAUCCACGCGCCCCUGAUCCCUCGAAAGUCAUCCACAUACGUAACCUCCGUCCUCAGGCGACCGAAGGAGAUCUCGUUGAAGCAUUCAAUCAUUUUGGCACCGUUGCUUAUUGCAUCUUAGUCCCUCAUAAACGACAAGGAUUGGUGGAAUUUCUGGAAAUUGAAAGCGCGAUCAAGACCAUGGAUUAUUUACAUACGGGUGGCCAAGUUGUUGUUCUUAAUUCUCCAGUUCUCGCCAAUUACUCGACAAGCGCAGCAAUCGAGCGAAUUGGCUUUGAAAGUGCCACUCCUAGUCACGUGCUUGUGUUGAAUGUGAAGAACAUCCAAGAUAAUCAUAUUGAUGCCGACAUCAUCCACAAAAUUACUCAUCCCCAUGGAGCCGUUCAAAGAAUUGCAGUUGUUCGUCGUAAUUUCGGAGUCUUGGCUUUGGUCGAAUUUGCAACUGUUGAAGAAGCCACACGAGCAAAGUAUGCACUCAAUGGAGCGGACAUUUACUCGGGCUCUUGUACCCUGAAAAUUGAAUAUUCAAAGGAAGAAAGUGUAAAAGUUAGGGCUAAUGACGCUGAUCAUCGAGAUUAUGUAAAUCCAGAAGUCCCACGGCAAAAACCGCCUUUACUAGAUUCAACCAAUUUCUUCAACACUUCUGGACCCUUUCAAGCACUGGAUGCUGUUGGAUAUCAAAAUAUGCAAAGGAGAUUUAAUAUACCAACAAAGCAACGCUUCGGCUUUUACUACCCGAUUGGAGACAGGACCAAUGACUACUCGGCAUCCUCCUCGGAGACAUGGAGACAGGAUACUCGGUCCGACUACGCACAUUCUCCUCCAACUCUCGUUGAUAGAGGAUCAGUUGUUAUGGUAUAUGGACUUGAUCAUACACAAUUCACUUGCCAAAUUCUAUUCAAUCUUUUCUGUCUUUAUGGAAAUGUAAACAAAAUUCGCUUCAUGAGGCGAAAGACAGAUACUGCUAUGGUUCAAAUGGAAAAUAGUGUACAAGCAUUGACUUUGGUACGAAACAUGGAUGAGGUCGACUUAUUUGGAAAGACAUUACAAAUUCGUAUAGCAAAGCAGAAUGAGGUGAUUCCCGAUCCCGAUCCUUUUCAGUUGGAAAAAGAUCUUAGUCUCUCGUUUGUCGAUUUUACCGGCUCUCGUUUGCAACGAUAUCUAACACCUGAAUUUGCAAGCCGAAAUCAUCCAAUACGCCCUACAGAUACAUUGCACUUCUUCAACGCACCACCUACAAUCACAGAAGAAAAGCUUUAUGCGAUCUGGAAUGAUGCGGCUGCUCCAUGCCCACAAGUGGUUCACAUAAAUGCGGGAACGAGUAGAAAAAGUGUAAGCGGAUUCAUCAAAUUUGAGCAAGUGACGCAGGCUACCGAAUCGUUGGCUCUCGUGAACCACACUCCUAUUCACACCGAUCACAAACUUCCGUGGAUCUUGAAGCUCGGUUUUUAUGACGGCGAUUUCUCAAAGUUUCGCCCCAUCAAGGAUAAAGAAGUU